AUGGAUGGUAGCCCCGGAGCUCCAACGCCACUGGAAAGGAACAUCAAAAUGAACGAAAUCAUGCACCCUCGUUGGGUGCUGGAGCCACCCAAUUACGUCAGACAGCCCUUAUGGCGUCAGUGGUGGGAGGCGCAGUUCAGCAACCGCAGUUUCUUCUUUUUUGGAAAUGCCUGGACUUCUGCAGCUGCGUUUGCAGCGUUCCUCUGGUGGAGCAGAGUUUUCGAUCCUCCGCCAAUGGAGCGCCUUGACCGGUAUUGGCUUAACUCACCAAAGUUUAGAAUCCUGUCGGCUUUUCAUAAUCCCGGAAAACGCCCGGCUCUGAAAAUAUCGCUGAUGACCUAUGAGGCACGCUACUUCUAUCGCGGCUUGGACCAUCCUUUUUCUCUGAAUGAGAUCAAGGAUUUCCUCUUCAAGCUUCGAGAAAAUUACCUCAUCAACACGUUCCAGGGCAUCCAAUUCCCCUUCGUCUUCCGUCAAUUCAAUAGAGUUUCAACCCCAGGCACCCUCGCGGUAAGGCCAAGAUUAAUUAAGACAAUCCAUGGGUGUGCUGGGCCCAGCGGCAAGUAUCCGUAUUUUCAGAAAGCACAGUGCACACGGCCGCCGUAUCAUAUCUUUCUGUGCCCGCACUGCCGCUUUACGGCACUCACAAAACUUUACGCGAAUUGUGAGUCGGAAUGGGGAGGGCAGAGCGGAAGCUCAGCGGAGAAGAAAUCAGCUCAAGGAGCAGAGAGAAGGACUGGUUCAGUCAGCGUGUGCGUUGUGUAA